AUGAAAGUCGUCAAAAAAAUCAUUCCAGCUAAGCAUGUGAAAGGAACAUGUACGAGCAAGUGUAGACUUAAAUGUUUUGAUAACAUAAAAGAGGAUGAGAGGUCUAAUCUGUUUAAAGCCUAUUGGGGAUUGUCAAAUUUGGAACUACAGCGUGCUUUUAUUAGAUAUUGCAUGAUAGAAGUGCAACCUAGGUACAGGUAUUCAAAUGCUCAAAACCCCCGCCUUCCAAACAACGCCUUUUAUUUUACAGUAAAUGGCAAAAAGAUCCGUGUUUGCAAAUUGUUUUUCAUAAACACUUUGGACAUAACGGACAGACAGUUGAGAACCGUUAAGAGUAAAACCAAUAGCCAUGGUAUCGUAGAGCCUGAGGGUAGAGGAAAGCAUGACAACAAAAAGAGGGUAGACCCUGAAUUGCUCCAAAGCAUCAGGAAACACAUAGAGUCCAUACCGAGGGUAGAAUCUCACUAUUUAAGAGCUACUUCAAGUAGGGAGUACAUAUCUGACAGCAAAACUAUAAGGGACCUCUGGACUGAUUUUAACAAUGAUCAAAAAGAAAAAAGUCUGCCACAGUGCGACUAUUGGUUAUACUUGAACACUUUUAACAAAGACUUCAAUAUAAGUUUUUUUCAGCCAAAAAAAGACAGGUGUGACGCUGUGUUGCAUACGAACUUGCUCCCGAAACCCUACGCUAACGGCGGGCGGUUGCUUUACGAGGUGUAUAAGAGACGGAUGUAG